CGUGUCCAUAACAACCGGAAGUGGUCGCAGAAAGCGCACUUUGGACAGACCGAACUACCGUAAAGCAAACAAGCCAAAUAUGCAGCGUUUUGUAAUUUGGCACAUGUUACGUUUUAACCGAGUUGGGUGAUUUUGCGACGCUCCCAUAACUCCCGCUUCCAGCGACCUUUAACCCCUCUCCGGGACGCACGCCAUACGCUGCCUCGUAGCAUGCAGCGGGUAAUAACGGGAAGACUUUGCGCACUUGGAAGGUGUCUCACUUUUAAAGACGCGCUCACACAAUCGCGGGGGUCAGGGGCUCCUCGGAGAAACAUGUCGUCGUCUUCGUCUUCUUCUCAAACCAAGCGGCCGGUGUCCUUGCUGGGCACGAUGGCUUUCGGCGGGCGAGCUGACGCCGAGCAGAGUUUGCAGAUGGUGAGGACUUUCCUGGACAGGGGACACAGCCGGGUGGACACGGCCAUCAUGUACAUGGACGGGAAGUCAGAGGCGAUCAUAGGGGGCAUGAAUCUCCCUAAAACAGUAAGCAUAGCGACCAAGGCCAACCCCUGGGAAGGGAAGACGCUGAAGCCGGAGAGCGUGCGUUCUCAGCUGGAAACCUCCCUUCAGAGCCUGCGGACUGAUUGUGUGGACCUUUUCUACCUCCACGCCCCUGACCACCUAAACCCGAUCCAGGACACCCUCAGGGCCUGCAAUGAACUCCACAAGGAGGGGAAAUUCAAAGAGUUUGGUCUUUCAAACUAUGCAUCGUGGGAAGUGUCCGAGAUUGCCAGCAUCUGUAGACACAACAACUGGAUUGUUCCCUCUGUGUAUCAGGGGAUGUACAACGCCACCACGAGACAGGUAGAGACCGAGCUGCUUCCAUGUCUGAGAUACUAUGGAAUGAGAUUCUACGCGUACAAUCCUCUGGCAGGUGGCCUUCUGACAGGAAAGUACCAUUACCAAGAUAAAGAUGGUUCCCAGCCUGCAGGACGAUUCUUUGGCAACAACUGGGCUGCAGCAUACAGGGACAGAUACUGGAAGCAGAGUCACUUUGAGGCAAUAGGCUUGGUACUGGACACUUUGGAGACCGCGUACGGCUCAGAGAAACCCUCCUUGACCUCUGCUGCCAUGCGCUGGAUGUACCAUCACUCCCAACUUAAGGGGGAUCUGGGUGAUGGAGUGAUCAUUGGCAUGUCAAGUAUGGAGCAACUUCAGCAGAACUUGGCCGCGGCCGAGGAGGGUCCUCUGGAUGAGAGAGUGGUCUCCUCAUUCAACAAGGCUUGGGAUCUUGUAGCCCACGAGUGUCCAAACUACUUCCGCUGAAGAGCCAAACGCUGCCAGUUCCUUUAAAUGUAUAGAGAAAUCUGCUAAAGACAUUUCACUUACAUCCCCAAUACCCUUUUCUUGAAAAUCACAAAUAUGAAUCAGUAGACCAGUAGAUAUUCAUGCCAACAGCACUUCAUUGGAAAUGUACAAAUGUAAAAAUGAAAACUUUGAACAUGUUUCAGGGAGUCUGGCUGCAUUUACUGUCACAUUAAAAUAUUAGAUCAA